CCGAGGGGGUAAACAAGCUCUAGAUAAGUCUAUAAGAAGGACAGGUAUUGCGGUUCAUACAGAUCAUGGGCUCGCAUUGAUUGGCACCGCACAAGCUGCUCCGAGUUCUGCAGUCGUGACUUCUGUGUGCGAAAAAGACACACAAACACACACUCACGUACACACACACACACUCAGGUCUCAGUCUACACGCAUAUGCCCCCUCCUUCCCUCCCUCCCUCGACCCACCGAAAAUCCCGACGAUUCAGCGCCAUUGUUCACCACAUUUGACACUGCGCAAGUGUGUAACAUGUGUGAACUCGAAGGGCUGUCCGCAGAGCAGAUUGCUUCCUCCCAACUGGACAGCGCCUAGGCCGGGCAGGACUUCACUUGACUGACGGGAUCCUUCCUCUUCAGUAUCCAACCUUAUUCUAAUGCGUGCGACUAUUGCUGCUGAGGCCUAUCUUCAGCAGUGAUGGAUUAUGUGGAAUUUGGGCUGCCACACGGCGGGAUUACUUUCGUGGUGCGUCUGCUGUACAUUUGAAAAUGAAUUUCUACCUUUGCCUCUCAAGAGACGAGACCCGAAGAACAUGAGCAGCUUGUUGUCGAGAAGAGUAAGAAGACGAAGAAGAAGAAAAAGAAGAAGAAGCACCUUCCCUGGAUGCGAGGCGGACGCUUGUAGGGAUCGAUCGUGGAGAAACAUAGGAGGAUGGAGGAGUAAAUGGAGGUGUCUUCUUACUGUUAGUUGGGAUAACGAAUGAUUAGAGAAGAGUCCCUGGAGUGAGGAGGAUUCACAACAUUUGUAAUCCUUCACUUGCCUUGUCCUUGUCCGCUGCUGAGUGUACCACUCCUCUUCCUCCUACGUCAAGAUGAUGCUGCUGCUGCUGCUGUUGAUAUAAAUAAGCAUCAGCUUGUAAGAAGGCUGAAAACAUGUCGUCAGGAAGGAGGCUGAUCGUGGCUGGAGAUGGCGCAGGAACAGGUAAAGGCUGGUCUUGGGUACCAAGAAGAAGAGGAAGAAGAAGAAGAAGUAAAAGAGCAACGAAAUCCUGUAUCUUGUCUGCCGUACUGAAUGGCAGGCAGGCAGGCAGGCGGUCUGGUUGGUUGGCUCCAGAGACAAACAAAGCACGUAAAACAUCUGUCAGCUGGUAAGAAUGGAAAAUAGGAGGAAAUCAGGGAGGAGAUGAUUAUAUGGAAAUGAGGGAGAGCGAGGUGAGCAAGGGCAGAAGGAGGCUGAUCGUGGCUCGAGCAACAGACAAACAGGAACCUGUUUGUGUGACCAAAGUGGAAGCCACGUACUGUUGUUUGGGUGCAGAUGAUGUUCAUUCAAGUCACAGUGGCGGUGGUACGAGAGAGAGAGAGAGAGAGAGAGAGAGAGAGUGUGAAACGAGCGACAGUGGGUCAACUGUUUAUUUGUGGCCUUGUCUGCUGUAAUCUGUCUGAGAGGCGAGAGGAAGAAGACGAAGAAUCAGCAAAAGGCGAAUCUGCCCGACGACUGAAUUUAUCCCCAAGUUCCCCAAGUCAAGCCAGCCAAGACGGAAGAGUGGCUGAUCGUGUGAGAAAAUGGCAGAGAGCACCGCCGGCCACAUCACCCGCUUUCGAUCGUCCGAAUCGCUUCAUACGGCCGCAGCUGCCAUCUGCCGGCUGGCUGGCUGGCUGGCAGAGUGGCCAAAAGGCCUUACACGGACUUUUCUUGCAGCGGAUUUGCCCCAGGCAGGUCUGGAGCUAGCUCUGUCCGUCUGGCUGUCUGGCUGCCUGUUUCUCCUACCUCCCUCUCUGAUUUGUUCGUUCCAGGGCCAUUUAGACCGGAUCGGAAUUCCACAUAGAUCUGCGCCGAGCAUAGUAUUCAUCGAAUCUGAACAAUGGCCUUGGCGUUUAAAAUUUACUAUAUUCUCGAUCAACCUCCGAGUGCAACACGUCGCUGGGUUGGGGUUGGACUGGAUCGGGAUCGGGAUUGAAAUCUUCAAGUCGCGUCAUAAUUUGGAAUAGUUGGCUGUCUUCUCUGACCCAUGGACAGGACAACAACGCUUCUGAAUCGGCCACUGUUGUCCUCGACUCAAUGUCCUGAGCUGAGAAGUGGCAAAUUGAGCCUUUCAGGAUUCUGAUCGCUUGCAAUCACCGGUACACUAGCGAACAACGAGCGAAUGAAAUCGAUUGGACUGCCAUGGCCAAAAGUCCCCACAACAUCCUUCGCACAUCGAUUGCCUUCCUUGUCUCCCUUCUGAUGGAGGUCGUUCCUCCUGCAUGCUCCCUCUUCUUCUGAGGAGAGCGAGACGCCUGGAAGGUGGCAGGGUGCACCGGCUUGGCCCAGGCUUUCUGCCUACGGCGUGUACAGAUUUGAAGACUUUUCAGCUGCGAAAGACGGUUCCUUAAUGACUUGUAUCCUGGUGAGAAGAAAAGCGUAGCUUCCAGACCCGUAGGCCCAUAGAAUAAUCAUAAAUGCAUAGAAUAAUCCAAACUCAUGAACGAUCCAGAGCCUCAGAAGAUCCUAGCGGUUUCAUACCACCACACAGCUACAUCGUCCUCGCCUCUUAGCAAGCUUCAUGCUCGACCUGGGUUCGAUCUAGCGAAGUUAUGAACGGUGACGCUCAGCUUACUCGAAUCGGAAUCGGAUUACAGAGAGCACAGGAAGCAAAUGAUGUUCAGAGAUCGUGGAGAAUCCGACAAUAAACAUCAGUUCAUGAAAAUGGAUUCGCAGAGAUAGUAAAAUCUUUUUUUAUCGUCUCGAAGAUGGAUGUGCAGGCUUUGAUUAAUCAUUUUGUCGUCUCGAUUAUUGAACCCAUGCAAGAAGCCCGGAGAAGAGGGGACAAGCAACAGAAGCAGCACUUUGGAGGAGGAAGAGGAGGGAAGGGGGGGUGGGGGGAGG